UCUUUGCACUUUUAGCUUACUCAUCAUCUUCUUUUUCCAUAUACACCCACCAAUUUCUAUCUCCUACCUCCAUAACCCCAAAACAGAGUAAUGAAUAAUUAAAUAAAACAGAGCAAAAGCCUGAAAAUAGAGCUCAAAACAGGGGAAAAACACAGAGCAAAAGCAGCAAAAAAACAGAGAGAAAUUCUGGAAGGCUCCUUGCUUUGGGGUUUCUCGUUGUAAUUUCCUUCUUCUUUUUUUGUAUAUAUAUAACUCCUAUUUCGAUAUUAGAGCUAGUAACCGAUCUUGUCAUCUUUUUUUCCCCCUCAAGCUAUUGAAGGGCACGAAGAAAUAGCAGAGUCCGGGAUCAUCUGAGAAGCUACUUGCCCCACUUGAUGUAUAGUUUGCUUAGAAGCCUGUAAAUUUUGGAGAAAAGUUCUAGUGUUUGGUUAGGACUAGUGUGAUUGGGAAGAUGGGUUACAUUUGUGAUUUCUGUGGUGAUCAACCUUCGCUGGUAUAUUGCCGGUCUGAUGCUGCUUGUUUAUGUUUGUCAUGUGAUCGAAAUGUCCAUUCUGCUAAUGCUCUGUCAAAACGCCAUUCGAGAACAUUGUUAUGUGAAAGAUGCAAUUCACAGCCUGCUUUUGUUAGAUGUGCUGAAGAAAAGGUUUCCCUCUGUCAAAACUGUGAUUGGAUGGGUCAUGAUGCCUCUACCUCGAAUUCAACACAUAAGAGGCAAACAAUUAAUAGUUAUUCUGGUUGCCCAUCAUCUGGGGAACUUUCUUCCAUAUGGUCAUUUUUUUCACAAUCAGAUUCUGCAGGCGAAUCUGCUUGUGAGCAGGAAUUAGGUUUGAUGAGCAUCUCUGAGAACAUAGAGAGUACUUCCUGGGACCCUACAGUAAACACCAUUAGCCACAACAGUGCUGGUGUUGCUGAGGUUAAUGGUGACUGCAAUGUGGAUAAGGGAAGUGGCUGGACCAGAACUUCGAUUCCUGAACACAGACCUGCACCACAGCUUCUGGAUCAGCCAGCCGGAUCAACAGAUACAUCACUGCCCAAGUUUUGUCCUCAAACAAAGUAUCCUGGACUUUCUGAAGAUGACCUGUAUGAUGACUUCAACAUAGAUGAAGUUGAUUUGAACCUUGAAAACUAUGAAGAACUCUUUGGGGUAACUCUUAAUCAUUCAGAAGAACUUUUAGAGAACGGUGGGAUUGAUAGUUUAUUUGGGACAAAAGACAUGUCUGCUGCUGAUUCCACCUGUCAGGGUGCAGUGGCUGCUGAGGGCUCAUCCAUUGGACUGGUCAAUGCAAUCCAGCCAGCAUGCAGCAAUGCGGCAUCAGCUGAUUCUGUGAUGAGCAAUAAAACUGAUUCAAUUCUGUAUUUUACGACAAAGCAUGCACAUUCAAGCCUCUCGUUUUCUGGCCUUACUGGAGAGAGUAGCGCUGGUGAUUAUCAAGAUUGUGGGGCUUCAUCAAUGCUCCUCAUGGGAGAGCCUCCCUGGUGUCCUCCAUGUACUGAGAGCUCCAUCCCAUCAGCAACUCGAAGCGAUGCUGUCAUGCGUUACAAGGAAAAGAAGAAGACACGGAAGAGCUUGCUUGAUUGCGGUGCUCGCUAGCAAGGAAAGGUUUGAAAAGCGAGUGAGAUAUGCCUCUCGCAAAGCAAGGGCUGAUGUGAGAAAGCGAGUGAAGGGACGCUUUGUCAAAGCCGGUGAUGCCUAUGAUUAUGAUCCGUUGAACCAAACUAGAAGCUGCUGAGAGUACAAAUUUUUUUAACCGUGCUUACAAAAAGGAAAGAAACACAUGAAUGUUAGUUUGAAGAAUUUAUUAUUCUUUGUCUAAUAAUGGAGAAAUUGAUGCUUGUACUUUUUUCUUUUCUGAACUAGUUAAAUGACAGGGUAUAUGUAUAUAUGGUUGUAUCUCAGGGCCCCAGGUUUUAUCAGGUGAUGUUGGAUACAGAACUGCCUUGAAUGAAUUUCCAAGGCUCCGGUAAUGGAAAGAUUCUUGUAUCAGGACAUCAUUCGCCGAGAUCUGCCUUUGCCACCACCCAAGCCACUGCUUUCAACCUCAUCAGUUCGUCAACCCAUCCGUAUUCAUUCUUGGUGUUAGCGCUUCUAUAAAAGCUGCUGCUGUCACCGCCACCACUGCGCCUUGGAAUGUCUCAGUUAUAGGCAAGAAAGCAUGCAGCUGUAGUUUUGCGCCUUUUUUUUCCUUCACUUCUGAUGGACAUGUAUGUAUAGCAUAGGUAUUCUAUUUCUAAGUUCAGUUUAGUAUUUUAAUUGUUUGCCAAAAGUAAAUAAUUGUGCCUGCUGGGUCAGACAAGGGAUAUACACUUGUAGUUCUCUUUUGUGGUUGGAUUUGUACAGCACUGGAUUUGAUCA